CCCAUCAAGGGUACAGCAUCAUGUUGUGCUGGAAGGAUUUUUCUGCGUGGCUCUUUGAAUGGCUCCAUCACUGGCUUAGAUUGUGGUACAGGCAUGGACAACUUUGAGUACAGCAUCCAGCUGAAUGACAGGGACUGGGCUGAGUUCUUCUUGGCGUCGGAAGAAUGCAACCUAGCACCAGCCGCCCUGGCCACGGCUGAGGAGCAGUGUCUCAGUGACAUUGAACAAGGGGACGGCGUGCCGGGGAGGGACUGCCGUGCCAGCACAAAUGGGCAGAUCACAGUGAGGGUGGGCAGCAGGCCAGGGCCUGGCACAGGGAGCUCUGUCCCACGUGGGGUGCCUGGAGACGCCUCCCUGCGCUGGCCUGCUGGUGGGCAUCUCUCCCUGCCGGAGCUUCUCUCGGGCAGCGAGGACGAAGCGGACCUGGGCUCGGUCGGCAGGUUUCUGUGUGAGAGCGACAAGCCCAGCUGCCCUUUGAUUGCUCCAAUGCCCAGCACGCAGGGGAGGCAGCCCCCCUGUCCCCCUGCAGCCACCCUUGCUGGCCCCACUGACGGCACAGCCGAGAGCAGCUCAGGACAGGACGCAGCAUGUGAAGCAGCAGCACUGCAGUUGGCAUCAGCAUCGGAGAAAGGAGCAGCCAGCAACAGUCAGGCCAUGGAGCCUCCCAGCCACCCGGCUGGAACGAGCGGCCCUGAACAGGGAAGGGAUGCAGGAGGGCAGCAGCCCUAUGGCAGCCCAGUGGUAGCACAACCGGGGACGGCAACGCAAGGCAGGUCGCUGGCACUGGCUGCCUCCCCAGAGGGUUCAGCGAGGAAAAGUCCUAGCAACACUUCCCGCUCGGAGUCUGGGCUACGGGGACCUCUGCGUGACCAUCCCCCAAGCCCUGCCCUGGAGACUGCGCCCAGAGCGCCCAGCUGCCCAGCGCAGGAGGAGGCGAGCAGGGAGAGAGCGGCUGCCGAGCCGAGCUCCCCGGCUGGCUCCCCGGAGGUCGUGAGGCCCAAGGUGCCAGGACAGCUGAGAAAGAGCCGCAAGCAACGUGGAGCCAGUGCCACAGAGGCAGCCCAGAGGGACAGGGAGACUGCAGGGACUGCAGCGCAGGGGACCGUGGUACCCAUAAAGGCACCUUUAAGCUCGCCACUGUCCUCACGAAAGAGCAAAGGGAAGGAGAAGGCAGCCAAGCCAGCUCCUGUGAAGCUGGGGAGCGAGGAGGCAGGGGAGAGCAAACGGUCAGUGCCCAGCCCUGGUGUGGAUGAGGGUGAUCCAGCCGCGGGCGCUCCCCCGAAGCAGAAGGCAAAGGAGCCAGGGGCACAGCCCCUGGGAAAGGCGAAGGCCACCAAGCAUUCAAAGCCAGGGCAGGCUGGUGCCUUGGGUGUGUGUGACGAUGUGCUGGCGAUCCCUGCCAGUGAAGCCAUGGCUCCUUUGGGAGCGGCAUGCCAGGAGAUACCAGGGAAGCCUCUCCCUCCCAAGAGUGUGGCAGCUUCUGGAGGAGAUGCUGCUGACGGAGCUCAUGGAGAGCCUGCAGCUGAGAUCCCUGGGCAGCUGGCCCCCCCGUGCUUUGCAGCUGGGGCCUCUGCAGGGAGAGACACCCUGGACGUGAGUUGGCCUGAGAUGUAUGAGUAUUUGUUCUGUGACUCCCAAGGGGAAGAAGAAGGAGUGGAGAACUCAGUGGAGGGGGAGAAAGCACCCUUGGAAAGGGAAAUGUCCCUGCCUGAACUGUAUGAAUAUUUUUUCAAUGAACCAGAAGGAAACAGGAAAAAAGUCAAGAGUAAAGACAGGAGGCGAAAGAAGUUCAGCAGCUUGGACCACGCUCGGCUGCAAAAGGAGGACUCCAACUCAGCUCCAGUCAAAGACUCCCUGGUUAUCUCAGUCCCUGAGGUGUAUGAACACUUCUUUCCAGACAGGCCUGGGAACAGGGCAGGCUGGAGGCAGAUUUUCUCAAUCACUCCAACCUCCGAGGUGAGGAAGGCCGUAGGGGCUUUUAAGUCCUUCCUGCAAAGGCCAAUGCAUCUCAUCAGAGGCCAGGCCCCUGCCCCCCAGUCCUUUGUGCAGAGAGGAUCUGGAGAGAAGCUCCCCCUCGUCCCACUGGGAAGAGGCCAGGCACGGUCAGAAACGUUGGACAUGGCCCUUGCACUGACAGGGAGGCCUGAGGCUCCGCUGGCACUGACCCACAAAGACAUGUGCCUUGUCUUCUGUGCCUUUGCGUCCUGGGCAGUGAAGACCUCUGACCUGCAGUCUCCGGAUGCCUGGAAGACCAUGUUCCUGGCAAGUUUUGGCACGCUUUCUGCUAUCCGCUACUUCCGAAGGCAGGUCAGAGAAGGACACCUCCGGACCUAGCCCAGCACAAAACCAGAGGUGCUUCCCAAGGACAUGCGAGGACGGUGGAGGCAGAGGCCAGGGACUUUGUUCUUGGGCAUCGUGAGGAGCCUGGAUCCCAGCACCAAAACUUCUCUGGACCCAUCCCUAAGGGGACAGGAUGUCACAGGAAGCAGGACCCUUCCAGUGAUAGUCAUUUACAGUACUGUAGGCAGUUUGUACCUGAAGAGGAGCCCGGCGUGGGCUGGCUCUGUUCUUUCUUUGCACACUUCUUGCAUAUUUGUCCUAUCUCCUAGGAGUAGUCACACCAUCAGUUGCAGGGUCCUGCUUGUCCAUCCUCCCUGCUGAAGGCAGCUGGUGGCAAAGGAAGGCACUGAGGGGGCAGAGGGAAGAGAGAGCAAAAGAAACCAGGAAAGUGCUUUGUUCCUAUGAAAGAGCUGGGAUAUCUGUGAAGGAAGAGAGGAGAGAGCUUUGGGGAAGAGCUGUCUCUGCCCAAACAUGGUGCUUUGCUAAGCAUGUGCUGGCUGUGUGUGGCUAGCUGGGCAGCAGCUAAAGGCAACAGAGGGGCCACUCGCUUGGCAAGGGCCAAGUCUCCCAUGACCAGUUUGGCUCACUGCAGGAGGACUCAUCCUCUUGGAUUUCACUCCAAGAAGUCAUGGCUCGGUCUAACAGUUCAGGAGGCUGAGAUAGGGUUUCUGCUGCAUGUGGCCGCCUUCAGUCCCGCUGAGCCAGAGCCACAGAUGCGGUGCCUGUCCCUGCGGGUGAGGAGCACCCACUGCAAGGUCACAUCCCACUCCCAUAGGCAGAGGACAGGCAAGUAUCAUGGAGCCAGGGCCAGGGGAAAGGGUGGCUGGGAAGGGCCCUGCAGGAGGCUGCGCAGGACAGAAGAGGCUGCAAGACCAGCAGGGAAAGGGGCCGAGCACCGGGGAGCCUCAGGAAAGAGCCCUGACAAAGACAGGAGCAUGUCGGAGAGGAGAAGGAAAAGGUAUGUGUACAUGUAUGGCUCUGACAAUCACCAGAUGAAGGGUCUAUAUAUACAGCUUGGUCCCUCCGCUGCCUCCCAUCACAGAGACAUAAAGUGGGCUGGGAAGAGAUGUUGGGUGAGGAGGUGCUGUGGCUGGGUGUGUAACCUGUGGGGCUGGAGAGGGCUGGAGCGGCCCCAGAAUGGAAAGUGCGGUGAAAAAUUAAAAAUAAGUGGUUCUUCCCGGUUUCUAGUGCCUUCUUGAUCACUAAAGGGCAUUAUUAAUGAGGGGGUUUCUGCACUUCCAAGUCUGGUAACAGCACGAAUGUGAGAUUUUUUAAGCCCUUAGGGACCAGAUCCACAAAGGUACCGGGGGAAACCUGCCCAGAAUACCUGUGUGGAUCUGCUUAUGAGCUUUAUAGGAACAUUGUGGCAAUGUUUGCCUUAUGAAACCAGAGAGGAGAGGUUUAGCUCUUCCCUUGCAAUGCAGAGUGCCAUGCAAUUUUAAUGUGUGUAGAGUUGUACUGACAACCAUGUAUUAUUGCUGAUAAGAAAGAACACUGUGCAAUUGUACAGUGAGAUAUGUAGCAGGAAAUAGCAAGAGAGAGACGUACAGGCUCUGUAUGGACUAUACCAGCUGCGUAUCCAGUUAAGAGGAGUUUUGUGGAGGAGGAGAACAGAUAAAAUAUGCUGGAAGCUUCUAAUAAAGAUCUAUCUCAUUUAAUAUUUUUGUGUACAUACUUCUGUCUAUAUUGUUUAUGUGUGAAACUGUUGAAUGAGUACUGAGUUUUAAAGAAUGAGAAACCAGUCCAUCAUGUGUCUGUUGAUACAAAAAUGUAGGGGUUGAUGUGCUGGCUGAGGAGCCCUGAGGACAGCGUAUGCAGGGAGAUGGGCUGCUUCUCCUCUUCUUUGGCUCAGUCCCCAUGCCUACCUGAGACACAUCUUGUCUGUCACAUGUAGCUAAUGGCCUGAUCCAGUGAGCUCUGCCCUCUCUUCCGUCUAAAAAGCACUCAGGACUCGAGCAGAGUCCCACUCCUGACAACCCUCCAGCCAUCUCCUCCUGGGACCCCCCUGAACAGACCAGCGAGCACAAGUCAAUGCACAGCAGCAGCUCCCGGCUUCCAUCCAUUGAUCCUCAUCGCCUCUGACCUCUCCAGCCCCCUUGAUGCAGCCAAGCUCUCCAGCCUGAGCUGCAUCCAGGAAUGCCUGGCACUGCAGCCUCAGGCCCUGGAAGAUGUGCCCGGCAGACCUCUCCAUCCACUGAGCAGGAGCACGGGAGGCACAGGGGAGGCUGAAGUGUUCACAUAUGCUCAGUUUUACUGUUUAUCCAGCCAUAAUCCAUUAAGCGCUCUCCGCGAUCUCAGUGGCAGGUGGAAAUACAGCAGCCUUGGCAUGGUGGGUGGGUAAUGGGGGAACAGCUGGAGGAAUCAGGCAAUUUCAUUAUGCGACAUUUUCCUGGGAGACUGUCACACGGGGCUGAGCAAAGCAGAAAAAGGUCAGAGGAGGGCAGCAGACAGGUUUGCUGAAAGGAAAGGGUCUCUGGAACUGCCAGCUCCUGUCUCAAGGGGCUCUGGCUCUCCCUCCCUAGUUCCUCAUGCAGAGUGAAGUCCCCAGGGUAAGGGACACAGCUAAAUCCUUGAACGGUCAGUGCUGACUUCUUGCCUGGUUUGAAUUUUUCAGAUUUUGUGUUUUCGAGCUUUGUCACACAAAUCUGGAGGAAGUAAUGUUUUCCCUUUGUUUUGCAGGUGCAGGAACAUUUCGUUCCCUCUCAGCCAUGUACAGCACUCCCAGGUGCGGUGCCAUUCUGGCAGUCAAUGAACGAUUGUGCUAAAAGUCACUGAAUUUAAUCCUGGGCAAAAAGGUUGGGAAAGCUGUUCUGGUUUAUCUCAGUGUCUCAGGGAUUAAAAAGUUGGUCUGUAGAUCUCACCGGAAGAUUUCUGGCCAGAAACCAUAAUGCUGAAGACACUUAUGAUGAUAUUAGCCCCGCCAGGGAGGUCUGAAUGGGGGCAGGGCUCUGUGCUGGGAUGUGACGAGUCUGCAUGUACCCAUGUCAGCUGGCUCUUUUCUAAGCAAUGUCCUUGCUUUGGAGACCUCAUCUUCCCAGGGGAAGUGGUUUUGGUCUCAGCUGCUCCCCACAAGCCAAAGCUGCAGACAUUUGCUGCAAUGGGAGUGCUGCUGUUUCAGCUCACUGCUUGGGCACCCUGUGAGGAAUGAGGAAGCUCAGUCAGUUGAGGCUGGGCUGGAGAACUUCGCGGUGGAUGUGUAGGUGCUAAAUCACCACUGGGAAGAGACUUGCUCAUCCUCUCCUGCCACCAUUGUUUGAAGGCUCUGUGCAAGAUUUUUGCAGGAAGCCAGCUCAUUCCACUGCUUGCAGGCAGUCAGGCUACAGUCGGAGACUACUGUCAGGUUUUGUGAACUACACGGGGCAGGCAUGGCACUGACGGGAGGCUGCAGGAAAGCUGUUUUGCAUGCCGGUAGUAAUACCAGAUACAGUUCAGAAAGGAAUCAGAUCUAGAUGUUGCAAGAAGCAGGAAUGGUAGGUCAUGCUCUGUACCCCCAGUGCUCUGGUCCAUGGGUGAGCUGCACUUGGGGCGGGAAAAGCUGCCUCCUGGUGGUCCUUGACCUGCUUGAGCUGGGAAAGGCAUGGUAGCACUGAGUCUCAGUUUUCCCACUCCAAGGGACAUCGGGUAUCUCACUCUCUCAAUGCCUCUAUCCUACUGUUCAAAAACUCAUGCAAAGUUUCUACCCAGAAGAGUUCAGUACUCAUAUUAUGCUGUAGAUAACAAGGUGCCUGUCACCUCUCCCAGCAAGUGCCCUUUGCCUGUCUGUGAUAAUUGGUGUCCGAUCCUUUAGAGCUUGGGCUUGGAGACAUAAAUGGGAUUUGGCACCUCCCCCUGCUAAAAGUUACCAAAGCUGCCAGAUGAUCCAUCAGGUUAUAGGUGCAUUUCACACUCCUUUUCAUCUCUACUAGAAGAAGUGGAUGAGGUAAAUAUUUCAGAAGAUAGGUAUUUUCAGCGCACUGCAGAAGCUAAAGGAAUUAUGAAAGAUCUUGUUGGUAUCAGGAGAUCAGGUCUGGGAGUGUCUACUGUGCUCAGUCAAGCAGCAACAUCUCUAGUGUCCUUCAGGAAAACCAGCCUGGACUUGCUGGCAAUUUUAAUGCUUGGUUUAUUCUCCGACCUUUUAAGCUCUCUCCUCUCCCUCCAUGGCUAGGUCAUCUUGCCUGUAUCUCACCCUGGAGGGAGGAGCUGCGAGCUCACCAUCUUUUGCAAUAGCAGCAGCCACCACAAUAGAAACGACCUUUUCAGCGCACCCUUGCUACUGUGAGAUUUGUUUUCCCUUCACCAAAGAGAGUGGCAGUGCUGGCGGUGGGACCCAUGCCAUCCAACCCCACUUCUCUGCCUUGCACGUAGCUCCCACAUCUGACACCUUGUCUUGCCAAGCAGAUGAAAAAGUCAGGCAGGUGCACCCUCAAGAACUGCCUCCGUAUUUCAUCUGGCCUUGAUACAUCACGUGCCACUCGGCUGCUGGAGUCCCAGCCUGGAAGAGGGCUGCGGCUCGCUCUCCUCCCUCUUCUGCAGCCAUCAGUUUUGCUGGAGCAGUUCCUUCACUCUUAUUUUUGCUUCACCUCUCCGUAAUAAAACUAGAGCAAAGCUUCCCGCGGACGU